AUGGAGGAGGCGCUGGAAUUGGCGCGGGCCAAGGAUACAAAAGAGCGUAUGGCUGGUGUGGAGAGGCUACACCAGCAUCUAGAAGCUUCUCGGCGGAGCUUAAGUUCUACCGAGACGACGGCGCUGGUUGACUGCUGCAUGGAUCUUCUCAAGGACAAUAACUUCAAGGUCUCUCAGGGCGCGCUUCAGGCUCUGGCGUCGGCUGCCGUGCUUUCCGGUGAGCAUUUCAAGUUGCAUUUCAAUGCGCUUGUUCCCGCUGUGGUCGAGCGGCUCGGCGAUGCCAAGCAGCCGGUUAGAGACGCCGCCAGACGGCUGCUACUCACGCUGAUGGAGGUUUCUUCACCCACAAUCAUUGUAGAGAGAGCCGGCUCCUAUGCCUGGACCCACAAAAGCUGGAGAGUACGUGAAGAGUUUGCUCGAACAGUUACCUCUGCAAUUGGUCUUUUUGCCUCUACUGAGCUACCUCUGCAGCGGGCUAUCCUUCCUCCUAUUCUGCUAAUGUUGAAUGACCCAAAUCCUGGUGUCAGGGAAGCAGCUAUAUUAUGCAUUGAGGAGAUGUACACACAGGCUGGCACUCAAUUUCGUGAUGAGCUUCUGCGCCACCAUAUUCCUAUGUCAAUGAUGAAAGAUAUUAAUGCGAGGCUAGAGCGAAUUGAACCUCAUGUACGCUCUGCAGAUGGGCUCUCUAGUAAUUUUGGUGCAAUGGAUGUGAAACCCACUAGUGUUAGUAGCAAAAGAAGUAGUCCAAAGGCAAAGAGUUCCUCGAGGGAGGUUUCCGUUUUUGGAGGAGAUUCUGAUGUCACUGAGAAGCCCAUGGAACCAUAUAAAGUUUACUCAGAAAAGGAGCUAAUUAGGGAAAUUGAGAAGAUCUGUAUGACCCUUGUUCCGGAAAAGGAUUGGUCCGUACGUAUAGCCGCUAUGCAGAGAGUUGAAGCCCUUGUUCUAGGAGGUGCCACUGACUACCCUUCUUUCCGAGGACUUCUGAAACAGCUUGUUGGGCCUCUAAGCACUCAGCUAUCUGAUCGAAGGUCCAGCAUAGUGAAGCAAGCCUGUCACCUGUUAUGCUUCUUAUCAAAGGAACUUUUGGGUGACUUCGAACCAUGUGCGGAGAUGUUCAUUCCUGUCCUUUUCAAGCUGGUGGUGAUUACUGUACUUGUAAUUGCAGAAUCAGCAGACAACUGCAUAAAGACAAUGUUACGUAACUGCAAAGUUAUCCGUGUGCUUCCUCGCAUAGCAGACUCUGCUAAAAAUGAUCGAAGUGCUAUACUCCGGGCAAGAUGUUGCGAGUAUGCAUUAUUGAUCCUUGAACACUGGCCUGACGCUCCCGAAAUACAACGGUCAGCUGAUCUUUAUGAGGAUUUCAUUAGGUGUUGUGUUUCGGAUGCAAUGAGUGAGGUGCGUUCUACUGCAAGAAUGUGCUACAGAAUGUUCGCAAAAACUUGGCCGGAGCGUUCCCGUCGUUUGUUUUCAUCCUUUGACCCAGUUAUUCAGCGAAUUAUUAAUGAAGAGGAUGGUGGCUUGCAUAGGAGACAUGCGUCGCCUUCCGUUCGAGAUAGAAGUGCAUCAAGUUCAUAUGCAUCACAAGGGCAUGCUGCUUCAAAUUUACCUGGAUAUGGAACUUCUGCCAUUGUUGCAAUGGAUAGAACCUCCAGCUUGUCCUCUGGGACAUCGCUGUCAUCUGGGCUAUUGCUGUCACAGGCAAAGUCUCUUGGUAAAGGCACUGAACGGAGUCUAGAAAGUGUUUUGCAUGCAAGUAAACAAAAGGUCACUGCAAUCGAAAGCAUGCUUAGAGGCUUGGAGAUAUCUGACAAACAAAAUCCUUCAGCUCUUCGGUCAUCCAGUUUGGACCUAGGAGUUGACCCUCCAUCAUCUCGUUAUCCGCCAUUCCCAGCUUCAAGUAAUCUCACUAGCUCAUUUCCUGUGGACUCAACCGUCUCUAGUAUCAGUAAAGGUGGAAACCGCAAUGGUGGCUUGAUCUUGUCUGAUAUUAUUACUCAUAUUCAAGCUUCCAAAGACUCUGCCAAGCUAUCAUAUCGCAGUGGGGUGGUGGGUGAAUCUGCACCUUCAUUUUCAUCUUACACAGCUCGGAGGUCUUCUGAAAGGUUGCAAGACAGAGGUUUGAUAAAUGAGAAUAAUGACAUCCGGGAGGCAAGGCGCAUUAUGAACCCACAAAUUGACAGGCAAUACCUUGAUACACCUCACAAAGAUGUAAACUUCAGGGAUUCACAGAAUAGUCAUGUUCCAAACUUCCAAAGGCCACUUCUGAGAAAGCAUGUGGCUGGGCGGAUGUCUGCUGGUAGGAGAAAAAGUUUUGACGAUAGCCAACUUUCCCUUGCGGAGAUUGCAAAUUAUUCUGGAGGUCCAGCCUCUCUUGGUGAUGCACUUAAUGAGGGACUAAGUCCAAGCUCUGACUGGAAUGCUAGAGUUGCAGCUUUCAGUUACCUCCGAUCUUUGCUGCAGCAGGGCCCUAAAGGCAUUCAAGAAGUUAUCCAGAACUUUGAGAAGGUUAUGAAGUUAUUUUUCCAGCACUUAGAUGAUCCCCACCAUAAGGUGGCACAGGCAGCUCUGUCAACGCUGGCAGAUAUUAUACCUGCUUGCAGGAAGCCUUUCGAGAGUUACAUGGAAAGGAUCUUGCCCCAUGUUUUCUCUCGACUAAUUGAUCCCAAGGAACUAGUUAGGCAACCUUGUUUAACUACCUUGGAUAUUGUUGGCAAAACUUAUGGUGUUGACACCCUCUUACCAGCACUACUUCGUUCACUGGAUGAACAACGAUCACCAAAGGCCAAAUUGGCUGUCAUUGAGUUUGCUAUUGGCUCCUUUAACAAGCAUGCAGUGAACUCAGAAGGUGCUGGCAACACUGGCAUUCUGAAAUUAUGGCUUGCUAAGUUGACUCCGUUGUCCCAUGAUAAAAACACUAAGCUGAAGGAAGCAGCUAUUACAUGCAUUAUAUCAGUUUAUUCCCACUUUGAUUCCUCUGCUGUCCUCAAUUUUAUACUUUGUUUAUCUGUGGAGGAGCAAAAUUCCUUGAGAAGAGCCCUUAAACAGUAUACUCCCCGUAUCGAAGUGGAUCUAAUGAAUUUCUUGCAGAACAAGAAAGACCGACAGCGGUCAAAGUCAGCAUAUGAUCCAUGUGAUGUUGUCGGAACAUCUUCAGAGGAAGGAUAUAUUGCUGCAUCAAAGAAGAGUUAUUACCUUGGCAGGUAUUCCGGUGGUUCGAUUGAUAGUGAUGGUGGCAGGAAAUGGCAUUCCACUCAAGAAUCAGCGCAGGUCACAGGAAUUAUUGGUCAAGCUACUUCUGAUGAAACUCAGGAGACCUUGUAUCAGAAUUUUGAGGCUAGUGCUAUUGUUGAUGAUAGUAAUGAUCUAAAAUCUAGAGAUUUGAGUUACAUGGUCCAUAACCCAUCUAUGAGUCAGAACAUGGGAUCCCAGUCUGGUCACUUGGAAAGCUUGGACAGUGACUUGAACCAUGAAGGUUUCUCAAGUCCACGUUUUGAUCUUAAUGGACAAAUAAGUACUGAAUCUUUGGUGGUUUCUGAAGGCUAUAUGCAUAAUUCUUACUCCCUUCCUGAGUUGGAUCUUCAUAAUUUAAAAUCUACUGCUUUAAGAAUCAAUUCUGUUGCUGAUGGUGGUCCUAGUAUUCCUCAAAUCCUCCACGUGAUUUGCAAUGCUAGUGAUGAAAAUCCUGCAGUCAGCAAAUGCGGUGCGAUUCAAAAAUUAAUUGAAGCUUCCAUGGCCAGUGAUCACUCAGUUUGGUCCAGUUACUUCAAUCAGAUUUUGACAGCGGUACUUGAGGUAUUGGAUGAUCCUGAUUCCACGGUUCGUGAACAUGCUCUCUUGUUGAUUGUUGAAAUGCUGAAAAAUCAGAAAGAUGCCAUGGAGGAUUCCAUUGAGAUCGUGAUUGAAAAGCUGCUUCAUGUUGCAAAGGAUGCUGUCCCAAGGGUAUCCAAUGAGGCUGAGAACUGCUUGAACAUUAUUUUAUCUCAAUAUGAUCCAUACAGAUCUUUGAGUGUUCUUGUUCCUUUGUUGGUAACUGAAGAUGAGAAAACUCUUGUGACGUGCAUAAGCUGUCUGACAAAGCUUGUUGGCCGGCUUUCCCAGGAGGAGCUAAUGAAUCAGUUGCCAUCAUUUUUGCCUGCAUUGUUUGAAGCUUUUAACAAUCAGAGUGCCGAUGUUCGCAAGACCGUGGUUUUCUGCCUGGUGGAUAUCUACAUUAUGCUUGGGAAAGCAUUCUUGCCAUACCUGGAAGGGCUCAACAGCAUGCAGUUGAAGUUGGUCACGAUCUAUGCUAAUCGGAUCUCUCAGGCGAGAACAGGGGCUCCGAUCGACAGUGGCCAUGCCUAA